UAGUGUUUUGAGUGUAUCCCGCUACUGCCACCUAUUGGCAGGAUUUGCCACUGCCGAUUUAUACACAUUUCCACACAAAUGGGCGUGGGCGGGUCGGAAAUCGCGCGCUUUUGUUUGAUUGGUUAAUCAUGCUCAAGCGCAGUAGAGAGAUUUGGCUGGAGUUUGAGCAGCAGCAGAAUGGCGGCCAUGUGAUGCAGCUCCCAAUUAGCUAGAUGACAUGAUGGACUUAACUUCAAGGCGCCGCAGACUUAAGCCUCUUCGAGAUGCAGAAUACCACAUCAACUCGAGAACUGACAAGCCAUACCUUCAGCAGCAGUAUAUUAACAGAUUUAAAGGACGUGGAGUGUUCACUAAAGAAUUUAUUUGGAAAGGGGAUUUUGUGGUAGAAUAUAAUGGGAAGCUGCUUACACAGGAACAGGGGGAUCUGAAAGGAAAACAGUGUGCAGAAUCCAGAGUCUUUCUUUUUGAUUUCGAGUGGAGAGGACAAAUGUGGUGCAUGGAUGCAUCCGAGGAGGACGGCAGGCUGGGCAGACUAGUCAAUGACGAUCACAGAAAACCCAAUUGCAAAAUGAAGGUCAUUGCUGUUAAUAAUCGUCCCCACUUGUGCCUUUUCUCAAUUGAUGAAAUUUUACCUGGAGGAGAAUUGACAUAUGAUUAUGGACCAUCAGACUGGCCAUGGAGACCCCAGAGGAUCAUUACUGUCACAUCUCAGACGUCAGAAUCGCGUUUACACAAAAGUUCAGAAGAGAUGAUUACAGAUGUUGCCACCAUUGAGACAUUUACACCGUGUGUCCCUGAAGCAAGUUCACAACAGAUGAUUACAGAUGUUGCGACCACCGAGACAUUUACACCGUGUGUCCCUGAAGCAAGUUCACAUCAGAUGAUUACAGAUGUUGCCACCACUGAGACAUUUACACCGUGUGUGCCUGAAGCAAGUUCACAACAGAUCGUUGGAUGUCUAGAUGUCAGUGAGGUCUCGUGCUGUGUGUUCCUGUCUGCCGUGUUCCUGCUCUCGUGUUCGUGAUCGUGUUUUGGAUUUGGAUAUUCACAGACUGGAGUUCACUGUCUUCACGCUGGCCACCUCAACUGCCUGUGUCACCCGCUCAGCUGUUCGCAUUGAUCACAUUACUCUGUUUAUAAUAAAACUCUUAACUUGCAUUUGCUUCCUCUCAUGUUUCGUGACAGAACGAU